ACAUUUGAUGUGGGUUGCAAUGAGAACAACCAUUAACCACAGAGGGAAGAGACUGAGCCAACGAGUUAUCUCUAUUGGUUUGAAAUAGAGGAAAAACAUGUUUAGAGUCACACAGCUCAGUUCCUGUUCUCGCUUCAGACGAAAUCGUGGUCUCUCAGUCAUUGCUCUGUUUGAGGAUAAGCAUGAGGAUGAAUAUCGGCAGCCUUCUAGCCUUAAUGCUGGGCUGUUCAGCCAUUUCAGCUUUACACCAGGAAGUGUUUGAAGAACGGACCUCAGGCUCUCUGCGCUGUCCUCACUCUGUGGGGGGAAACGUGACGUGGAGCAAAGAGAGGAAUGGAAACAAAGUGGACAUAUUAACAAUUGAUGGUGACAGAGAUAUAAGACACAAUGACCCGGACAAACGAUACAGUUCAGUGGUAGAUAAGUCUCUGUACAUUCAGAGAUUAACCCUCUCAGACUCUGGGAGAUAUUUCUGUAAUGAUGCAGCUGUGGAGCUGACAGUGAUCCCGUCAGCGACCAAGGCACCACCCACCCCAACCACACUGACGUCAACACCCCUGCUUUCAAGUACAUCAAGACAAACAUCAGAGAUAGUAACACCUGAAUCCUCAACAUCCCCUCCGACUACUACAGAUACGACUACAACACAGGAAGAAAGGAAAGGCAGGAAAGAAGGAAAUAAAAAGCACAAGAACAAAGGUAACAAGAAACCAAAAAGAACAACAACAACAACAACAACAAAAACAUCAACAACAACAACAGUGUCUUCUAAAGACAAACCACAGAUUCUUCGUUUGGUCUUAGGAACAGUUGUCUUCUUCCUCCUUCUCAUCAUCGUCAUCACCUUCGUUGCUUGGAGAUGGAGGUUUAAAAGAUUAGGAAAUGAAGAAACACACCCUGUCUAUGAUGAGAUACAAGAUGGAGUCAUCAUUCAGAACACAGCUGGUUUUGGAAUCGUGAAAGGACCAACACCUGCAUACUGUAUGACAGAUUUUACAGAUGAUCCAAACCUAAAUGAGCCCACAUACUCCACCAUCCCUGACCUUCCACCGGUGGAAAGGAGGACAGACACAUUGCUGCCCAAGGAGUCCCCUUAUUCCUUGAUCAGCUACGCUGUUAAUACUGGGAAUUGUGGUGGAAACUUCUGAAGCAAUGAAGACGAAACUCAGAGAGACACUGGAGAGCAGGAACUUGAUGGCAAAACACUGUUGGGUUUAUUCAGAGUUACGGCCGGAGAAUUGACAAGACAUUUACUGUAGACAAGAGUUGCCACAGCGGUUGCCAAACCAAUUCUGAAGAUCUUGACAAUAGGACGAGGUUUUAACGAGUUCCAAAUGGAUAAUCAACAUUCUUCAAACGCCAGACUAAACACGUUUGGACAAUAAGUUUAACUUAAACUGUCAUCCAGGUCACAGAUAAGGUGUUUACCGGAGCAUCUGGGGCAAGAUAAACUGGCACUAGCUGUCCCUAAACAAUAAAGCCAAUCUUAGGUCAGCAUGAGCUUUUACCCACUGUGGGAACAACAAGGCUUCGGAAGCCCAGGCUGCCCCUCCUUAAUGAAGAUAACAGCAAUACAACAACAAUUUUGAUAAUUUAAUAAACCGUAAUCUAAUAAUACAUCUGUGUGGACUUGUAAAAAUGAGACUCUUCAGAAAGGUUGUUGGCAUUCUACAAAUUGUUGCAAACAAUCAGAUUAAACACUCAAUAUGACUGGUGCAUCCUUCAUUGUGAUUGAAACAUUCAAUCACAAUGAAGGAUGCACCAGUCACAAUAAAACUCAUCUUCAGUGUUCUGGAGCAUCUUUUUUAAAGCAUAGUGAUGAACAUACAUUAAAUUCACAGUUACAAAAUAACAUGAGCAUUUCAAGUUUGAAUAAGUUUUAUCAUGAAUUAUUUGUUGUCGUUUAUCUUUAUCAGAUUAUCAUUAACUGUUUUACUUAUUUACUUUAAAACUAUAAAUCUAUAAAUCAAAAUUGAGCUAUAGUUGUAAUCUGAACACUAGUCAGUAUAUCAUUAAAAUGACUUAAUUCAGGCUACAGUUAAAAUCAAUCAGUGCAUAAAUUGUAAGGCUGAAGUGCCACUCCACCUAUGAAUACAAUUACGUUUAUUUUGCUCAAAAUAAAAAUCCAAUCAAUGCUAUUUCAUUUUAGUCAAAGUCAAAGAAGUAAAGUUUAUCAAAUCAAUGUCAUCUCAAAAUCUGAAAAGGAAAUGUUAAACAAUUCUCAAAAUGUUUAACAAUCUCAAAAAGAAAAGGCAGACCCUGGAAAGGAAGGAUUAAGCAUUCUUAAAACUUGAAUUCAUAGAUACAUGUAUCAUUGUAAAUGCUACAACUGAUCUGUACCAAAUUAAUUCAAUCAAUUACUUUUUAUUAGCCAUACUUAUCCGAAAAUGCACUUAUAGUAUUUUGAAAGUGUUUGUGUUUAUGUAAUAUUGAAUAUGGAAUAUGCAUUUCUUAAGAUUAUCCUGCUCUAAUUGGAGGAACAAUUAUGCUGAGUCAUUGUUAUAUAAAUGAUUAUACAUACAUUAGUUUUAGUUUUCUAAACUUACAUUUCUAUCCAGUACUUUAAUUGUAGUUCUGUCUGUGCAUAGAAAAUGUAGAAAGAGUAGUGUGGUUAAGUCAGAUUUUAGAUGAUAUUAACAUUAUCUGUGAUAAUAUUAGAAAUAUCCUAUCAUUCAAUAUCGUAUAAUCAGAAAACAUAUUUUUAUUUUGAAAGUGUCACCUGAUCUGACAAAAUAUAUUAAUAACCACUAUGUUUGGUCAUUGGAAAUAUAGAAACAAUCAUUCAUUGUACUUCUGGAAACUGUUAAUUCAAUUCAAAGUUCAUCUUUGUGCGAGAACUGGAAAAAUAAAAAGUCUCUCCGA